AACUUUUCCUAAUGUUGAUGAACUGGUUUGAACAAGAUAGCUGGUACUUUAAUCAAAGUAUAUCCUUGGCCAUGCUGAAUGGUAAAACCAUUGACCAAGACAGCAAUAUGUUAAGAGAUGUGAACGCUUUAAGAGCAAUAAACGGUCGAGUUUUCGGGAACAUUGGCGGUUUUGACAUGUGUAUUGGAGACAGAGUAUCUUGGCAUGUUCUUGGCUUUGGUGAAAGAUUUGAUUACCAGAAUCCAGUGUUUGAAGGAAACAAUGUCCAAUAUGAUGGCCGAAUGGUCGAUCAUGUGACUGUUUUCCCUGGAACUAGUCAGACUGCUUAUAUGACUCCAGAUAACCCAGGAAAUUGGCUUCUCCAUGCUGGUCAGUUAGAAUCUCAGACAGACGGCAUGGUAACUAGAUAUAAUGUAGACACAUGUAAUCGCCCUCUGUUCGUGUCUGGUCCUGUCUUUGAGAAGACUGUAAUUCGCAGGAUUUAUAUAGCAGCUGUAGAUGUCAUCUGGGAUUAUGCACCGAGAAAAUUAAACAUUGUGACAAUGGGGGAUCUAAGAGAUCCAAAUACACCGGGUAAUCUUUAUGUUCGUAACACUGACAUGUUUAUUGGCACACAGUAUAAAAAGACUGUGUACAGGGAGUUCUAUGAUGCAUCAUUCUCAAGACAGGUACAGCGUACAGAAAAAGAUAACCAUCUCGGAAUACUCGGGCCUUUCAUUAAGGCAGCAGUUGGAGACGUCAUUGAAGUAUUUUUCAAAAAUAUGGCGUCUUUUGAUAAUUCUAUAUACUUGAAGAAUCUACCACUGGAUAAUGAAAUGUCUAAAGAGUUAAGAAAUGGUGUAAAACCAGGAGAUAUGAAAAUUUACAGAUGGCGAGUUCCAGAAAGAUCCGGUCCUGGCAGAAAUGAGCCUAACUGUGUUGGAUAUUCUUAUAAUUCGCCUGUUUACCCGAAUAAGGAUAUUGCAACGGGUCUGAUUGGACCGCUACUUAUUUGUAAAAGAGGUGUUUUGGAUGUUUACGGCAACAGAAUGGACAAAACAAAUAGAGAAUUUGCGUUAGCUUUUGUUAUAUUCAAUGAAGCUAAUAGCCAUUACUUUGACGAGAAUGUACGAAUGAGAGCACCAAAUAGAACGAAUCUGGAUGACGCAACUUUCCAACAAUCUAAUAAUAAGUUUAGUAUUAAUGGAUUUAUUUUUUCUAACAUACCGAACCUAGACAUGGUAGUAGGUGAUACAAUAGCAUGGUACACGUACUCAUUUGGUUCCUCCCAAGGUGCACAUUCAAAUCAUUUUCAUGGACAAACUUUUAUAAAAACUUCGGCAUUAUCUUUCCGGGAUGAUGUGGUUGGUGUUGUUCCAGGAUCCUAUGAAACUGUGGAAAUGUUUGCAGAUAACCCAGGAACGUGGUUUGUCCAUUGUCAUUUAGGAGUACAUAUGUCUGCUGGUAUGCUAGGCACGUACACGAUUUUACCAAGGAAUCACAGAGGCCCUUAUCGAGUAGGUCCUCGAAUGUUACGUAGACCACAUAUAGGCAGAGCACUAAGGAGACGGAUUAAAGUUAGACGAAGAUAAUAUUAAUGUUAAUCAAUAAAUUUGGUGUUUGUA